CUUCUCUGGGGUUUCCUCUGGCGCCCUUGCUGCUCCUCUCUCUGCACUGUGUUGCAGCUUCCCUGGAAGUCUCCGAGAGCCCUGGGAGUAUCCAAGUGGCCCGCGGUCAGACAGCAGUCCUGCCCUGUACUUUCACCACCAACGCUGCCCUCAUUAACCUCAAUGUCAUUUGGAUGGUCAUUCCUCUUGCCAAUGCCAAUCAGCCUGAGCAGGUCAUUCUGUAUCAGGGUGGACAGAUGUUUGACGGUGCCGCCCAGUUCCAUGGUAGGGUAGGAUUUACAGGCACCAUGCCAGCCACCAAUGUCUCUAUCUUCAUUAACAACACUCAGCUAUCAGAUACAGGCACCUAUCAGUGUUUGGUUAACAACCUUCCAGAUAGAGGGGGCAGGAACAUUGGGGUCACCGGUCUCACAGUUUUAGUUCCCCCUUCUACCCCUCACUGCCAAAUCCAAGGAUCCCAGGAUAUUGGCAGCGAUGUCAUCCUGCUCUGUAGCUCAGAGGAAGGCAUUCCUCGACCAACUUACCUUUGGGAGAAGUUAGACAAUACCCUCAAACUACCUCCAACAGCCACGCAGGCCUCAAGUCUAAUUAGAGAAGGAAGAUGGGAAAGAGAACAGGAAAAUGCUCCAGAUCAUCCAGCAGUUGAUCACACCAGACAGGUCCAAGGAACAGUCACCAUCCGGAACAUCAGUGCUCUGUCUUCAGGUUUGUACCAGUGUGUGGCUUCUAAUGCCAUUGGAACCAGCACCUGUCUUUUGGACCUCCAGGUUACCUCCCCCCAGCCCAGGAACAUUGGACUAAUAGCUGGAGCCAUUGGCACUGGUGCAGUUAUUAUCAUUUUUUGCAUUGCACUAAUUUUAGGGGCAUUCUUUUACUGGAGAAGCAAAAAUAAAGAGGAGGAGGAAGAAGAAAUUCCUAAUGAAAUAAGAGAGGAUGAUCUUCCACCUAAAUGUUCUGCCAAAGCAUUUCACACCGAGAGAUCCUCCUCGGAGAACAACACUUUGACCUCCUCUAAUACCUACAACAGUCGUUACUGGAGCAACAAUCCUAAAGUUCAUAGAAACACAGAGUCAUUCAACCACUUCAGUGACUUGCGCCAGUCUUUCUCCCUGCACUCAGGCAAUGCCAACAUACCAUCCAUCUAUGCUAAUGGGAACCAUCUGAUCACAGCUCCACAUAAGACUCUGGUAGUGACAGCCAACAGAGGGUCGUCACCACAGGUUAUGUCCAGAAGCAAUGGCUCAGUCAGCAGGAAGUCUCGGCCUCAGCACUCACACGCCUACACUGUCAGCCGAGCAACCCUGGAACGAAUUGGCGCCGUCCCUGUCAUGGUGCCAGCCCAGAGUCGGGCCGGAUCUCUCGUAUAGGACAGAGUGGAUAGAGCGUUUAGAAAAGGACCAGUGAAAUGCCCCACACACGGGGUUGGGGGUGGUGGGUAAGUGCUGGGAAAGAAACUCUUUCCUUACCAUGAUACUAGUAGAAAGCACAAGAAGGCAAAUGCUGUUACCUGGCCACUGAGAUUUGUGAAAUGAACCAGAAUACUCUGUAAUGAAGACUUGUUUCCCCACCACAGAUGCCCCAAGAUUCUACUCAGUAAGCUGGAUCUCAAAGAUGUGCCAAGCCAAGGAAGAACGUAAAAUCUCAACUGCAUCC